UGUGGCCCUUAAUGCACCUUUAUCAAUAAAAUGUUUUGGCCAGUAGAUGGUGCUGCUCAUCUACUAACUGGUUUUUGGUCAGCUAAGGUAUUCAUAAGUCCACUUCAUAUGGAGCCUUCAUCAGACUUGUAAAGACAAAGCACUCAUUUGAAACCUAAAUACGUUUAAAUACUUUUGUAGUUUUCAUCAGCUAAGUGACCCUUUAAAACACUUCAAUAACUUAAAAGCUGUUCUGCAGACAAAUCUUCACAAACAUGUUUUAAUUCACUGCUAUGAAAGAAACCAGAAAUCAUCUGUAUGCAGACUAUCAUCAUGAGACAAGACAGGAGAAAAGCUGAAAUCACGACUGAUCUGAACAAAUAAACUUCCCCUCGCAAGAUCGAACAUUAAGAAUAACUACACUGCGAGUGAGGACAAGUCAGCUGUUUCCAAGAAACCUCUGUAAACUCAGGCAGUACUGAGCUGGAUCUGCUUCUGCCAUGAACUCUGACAACAUGUCAUCUGCAGAGAAGGAGGAUCUCGGGCAACAGGUAAAGCCCCUGAGGAUCAUGCUUCUUGGGAAGAGCGGGGCAGGCAAGAGCUCGAGUGGGAACACCAUCCUGGGAAGAAAGGUGUUUGAAUCAGACAUGAGUCUGGCGAGAGUCACUAAACACUGUGAAAAGGGGGUUGGAAAAGUUGGGGAUGUGGACAUCGCUGUGAUUGACACACCAGGGCUUUUUGAGACAGAUCGCAAAAAGGAGGAAAUAGUUCAAGAGAUUCUGCAGUCUGUCAAACUCCAGGAGCCAGGACCUCACGUCUUUGUGUUAGUGGUCCCUGUAGGAAGGAUGACUCAGGAGGAUGAAGAUACCAACAAACUGAUCGAAAACAGAUUUGGCCCAAGAGUGUGGGACUACACUAUUGUGCUGUUCACCCAUGGGGAUCGUUUGGAGGGAAAAACGAUGAACGACGUCAUCACUGAGAGUGAAGAAAACCUCCGCAGCUUCAUACGCAAGUGUAGUGGUGGCUUCCAUGUCUUCAACAACAAAGAAGACCAGGAACCAGAGCAGGUGACAAGCUUUAUCGCAAAGAUCCAGACCCUGAUGGCCCUGAAUGCAGGGGGUCAUUACCAUACGGACCUGUACCCUGAAGAGGAGAGGAAGAUCAGGAAAAGACAGGAGAGCAUCCUGACAGAGAGAGAUGAUGAGAUCAGCCGCAAGGAGAGAGAGCUGGAGGAGCAUUACCAGGGGGAAGAACUGGAGAUGAAGAAGAGGAUGCUGUGGAGAAAAGAGGAGAAAAAUGCAAGACUGGCUGCAGAGAAGGCAACUAACAUAAAACUCAAACUGCUACUUUUGGUCUGCAUGUUCUUCCUUGGAGCACUCUUGAGUUUAGGAAUAGUUUGGGCUCUACCGAUGAUGAUCAUCUUGAUGUGCAUUUAUUUCUAUAUGUUUCAAACUACUUCAGGAAAAAUACCAUGGAUGUCUAACAAGAAAACUGAGUAGGUGUGUGUUUAGAUAGUGAUGCAUUGUUAGUAAUUAGUCAUCUUUUCCUCAACUCUAUAACAGAUGUUCAAUUAAUGUGAUGGACUGUAUUUCAAAAAAAUUGUUUGGAAAAAAAGGUUUUAUGAAAUCUAUCUGUCAAAAACCAGAAAAAAAGAUUAGAUUUUAUAGCUUUCUCCUGAUUUAGACUGAAUCCACUCAUGUAACAAAACUGUAAAAAAAUGCUAAUGAGCCACAUUGUGUUUUGAAAUGGAAUUUAAUACUGUUUUAUGGUCAAAAAAUGGUUUACUUAAGCAGAUAUUCUUCAUAUGUUUCAUAGUAUGUUUGUGGCAAUUUGCAAUAAUGUGUCUGUAACGGUGAUGUAGCCACCUAUCAUAAAAGAUAAAACAUAAACCAGCAGCAUAAAAAACAUAAAACCAGCAGAAAGAAAGAAAGGAAAUGUUAAUGUUUACCUCUCAGAACUGUAAUUGCUUAGUUGUGACAGUAUUUUUCUGCCUCUUCGGUGUCUGAACACGGAGUGAUUUUCAUAUUUCAGCGCCCCCUAGUGGUAGAUCUUGCACAAUAACAUGCUGGGUGACUUUCAAACGGCUGAAUUUCUUUGCUGGUGAUUGACUAAGUUUGUAGGCGUGUCUAUUGCUCAGUUUCUGUUUCAUUUCCUAAUCAGCAGAGGUAGGACAAUGUUUUGAGAUUUUAUCUGUCAUUAUUAUAGUGAUUUUUGAAUAACAAAUGUCAAGUCCGUUGUGUGUUUCUACUCCAGUUUUGUGAAACAAUCGUUCAUAAUAAACAGAUUGAACAGAUGAACAGAUGAA